GUUUUGGAAAUUGGAUUUUUGGGUUUGCGGAAAGUUGAUAGGGGUUUACGAUUUAAUUUUGCCACUUUGGUUUUUAGGCAUUGGUUUUAAAAGCGUUGAGAUUUUUCGGGGUUAGGUGAAGGCUUCGGGAGGUCUUAGGCAUGCACCGAAUUUAGCUACAUAGUUGAGAAUCAUCUUGAUUUUGCAUUCAAUAGUUUCGUGCUAAAAGGGGAGACUUACUUUACACAUUUGCAAUCUUCAUUUUUUUUAAAAAUAAUUUCUUUCAUCGCACUUUUAAUUUUUAUUUAUUUAUUUAUUUUUAUUUUACUUUUUUUUAUUUUUGGUUAAGACAUUCUUACUUUUAAAAUCCGCAUCCCUACUUCGUAAUAUUUAUUCCAUUCAACUCACCUCCCUAAGAUUAUGCGCUUAUCAAAUUGAUUCUUUAUUAUUAGCAAGACAAGCCUUGGUUAGUCAAAAACUUAACAAUAUUAGGUAGAUGUCAGAAAUAAUGGUUUACCUUUUUCUUUAAUUUUACUGGUAUUUAAUUUUUGGUUCACGGGAUCAUACUUAACUUUUUGAAUAUUUGGAAAAUUAGGAGAGUAAGUGUAAAAUAUGUGAUUCAAUUCUGGAUUUGCAAGGGCAAACGAUAAGAAAGAAAGGUGGUUCAGUAAUACAAGGGGAGGUCCUCUGAUUAAAAGUUAAAAUUGGUUAGCCGGCCGGUUAAUACUUUAGAGAAGCGAGGUUGAGGGUGAUGAUAGAGCAGAAGAAUGGGUAAGCAUUAGGUAUUCAAACAAUGAAACAAUAAAUUUAGGUAUCUCGAAAUCAGUUGGGGAAAUUGAGAGAGAGAAACGAAUAGGGGAAUUGAAUUAGGGUUAUGGUACACAAAUAUAAUGCUUUGUUCUUCUCUAAGGACCCGAUUACAGUCCUGGCUUCGUGAUUACGACAAACUUCAAUCCGUUGCCGUCAUUCUCCUGUACGUCCAAAUUGGAUGCUCAUUGGUUGGAUCUCUAGGAGCUCUGUAUACCGGGGUUCUUCUUAUCAACUUGGCUAUUGCCCUGUUUGCCCUUGUUGCCAUUGAGAGUGGCAGUCAAAGCCUUGGCCGGACUUAUGCCUUUUUACUCUUCUCUGCAAUCCUGCUGGACAUCUUCUGGUUUCUUCUUUUCUCCUAUGAUAUAUGGCACAUCUCGUCAGAGAAUAAUGGAGCAUCAUUUAUCUUUUCUUUGAACCUCACUCUGUUAAUGCAAAUUCUUGGAUUGUCAGUAAGAAUAUCGUCGGCUUUCUUGUGGAUUCAGAUGUACAGACUGGGGCUUGCAUAUGUCGAAAGUGCAGUUUCUCGAGAAGCAGAUUUUGAUUUAAGAAACAGUUUUCUAAGUCCUGCCACACCUGCAGUAGUUAGACAAUCCUCAGAUUCUGAUGAUCAACUAGGUGGAUCUAUAUAUGAUCCAGCAUACUACUCCUCUCUUUUUGAAGUUAAUCAAGAUGACAAACACUCAAAAAAGGGCCAAAGCGAUUUCAAGGAUGGUGAUUCUUCAUCUCAGACUGAAAGCUGUAUAUUGAAGCUGUCUGUGGGGAGUGCUUUUCAGACUAUAGUGGACGAGAAUGCGCCAUGUCGUCGUCUGAAUAUUUUGUAAUAAUAUGUUUAUUUUUGGAAUAGACAUUACAAAGUCUAAUGAGUUUCUCUACUUGCUUUGUUAAGGAGAUUAAAGCUGUGUCAUCACCAAGCAUUGUAUACUGAUUUUUGUAGGACUGGCAUCCAUAUAUAUAAACUACUUCGUAUAUAUUUUUUUGGAAAAA